UUGCGUCUGAACGGUGUGAGGGAGAGAAUAGAAAGCUCCAAAAGAAAGAAAAGAAAAAGAACGAAGUUUUUAAAAUGAAAUUAUUCCAAAACAUAACAAUAGCCCUGGUGGCCUUAUUCGCCACACUGGCCCAGGGUCGUGUGGCCAAUAUUGGCAAACAGUUAAUUGACACACGAGUCAUUGGUGGCAAUGAUGUUCCCGAGGGCGCCAUACCCUUCCAGGUGUCGAUACAAAACACAUUUGGUGAACACAUCUGUGGCGGUUCCAUUAUAGCCCCCCAAUGGAUUUUAACAGCCGCCCACUGCAUGGAGUGGCCAAAGCAGUAUUUAAAAAUCGUUACCGGCACUGUGAAUUGGACCAAACCCGAUGCGGAAUAUUUUGUGGAGGAUGUGAAGAUCCACUGCCUCUACGAUCAGCCAAUGUAUCACAAUGACAUUGCCCUCAUCAAACUGGCCAAGCCCAUAGUCUACAAUGAAAAAACAAAGCCUGUGGAACUGGCCACCAGCAAUCUUCUGAAGCAGGGUGACAAAUUAGUACUGUCCGGCUGGGGCAGCACCAAAUUGUGGGGCCGUACUCCCGAUAUCUUACAAAGUGCCGAACUCGAUUUUAUGGAACAUGAGAAAUGUUCCGGGGCUGUGAGAAAAGCUGAAUGGCUGGGCCAGGGAAAUAUUUGCACCGACACCAGCAAUGGCAAGGGUUCGUGCCACAACGAUUCCGGUGGUCCACUCUACGAUGCCGUCAACAAGGUCUUGGUGGGCAUUGUCAACUGGGGUCAACCCUGUGCCGCCGGAUAUCCUGAUGUAUUCGCCAGUGUUGCCUAUUAUCAUGAUUGGAUUUUGACCAAUAUGGCGGGAAGUGGUAGUUGUUAGAAGAGAGAGUCUCGUAAUGGAGUGAAGGCCAUAACGAACAAAUAGUUUUAAGGCAGAACUUUAAAAUUUAAUGUGCUUUCAUACCAAAACUAAAAUAAAUAUAUAUUUAAUAAA